AUGCAGGUUGUGAGAAGGAUCCCAUCAGAAGAAGGUGUAGAGAUGCCGGGACGAUCCGAGACAAACCGGAACAGACGGAGGAGCCAUGGAUCGGGUUUGAGGGUUCGACCGGCUUGCACGUGUUCAGGACGGCCUGGCUCGGCGAAGUGCGCACGGCACGGGUUUAUGGUGCCAAGCGAUGAGAGGCUUAUGAGGAAAGCAAGUGAUGGAAGCAAAGAAGUGUUGCGGAGAGCUUUGACGCCUCCGAUCAAACGGAUGAAUCUCCGGUGGUGGAAUUUCCAGCCAACACCUACUCGACUCGGUAAAAUGUCUUCUGUUUGA